AUGAUCAAAGCCAAACUAUCUGCUUUCAUGUCUGCCAUUGUGGCUCCAGCCAAAGAGUUCAACACCAUGGAGACCAAGACGGUGGAGCUCGUCCUGGUAAAGGAGCAGAAUGGGGUUCAGUUAACCAAUUCCAACCUGACCAGCUCCCCACAGCCUUACCAAGAAGGGGACUGUGAGAGCGAGAGCAGGGAGAUCUGGGCCAAGAAGAUCGACUUUCUGCUCUCUGUCAUUGGCUUUGCCGUGGACCUGGCAAACGUCUGGAGAUUCCCAUAUCUGUGCUACAGGAAUGGCGGAGGUGCUUUUCUUAUUCCUUAUUUGUUCUUUAUGUUCAUUGCCGGGAUGCCGCUUUUUUAUAUGGAAUUGGCACUAGGACAGUUCAACAGAGAAGGGGCCGCAGGAGUUUGGAAGAUCUGCCCCAUAUUUAAAGGUGUCGGCUUCACAGUUAUCCUUAUCUCACUAUAUGUUGGAUUCUACUACAAUGUAAUUAUCGCCUGGGCUCUCUACUAUCUGUUCUCAUCCUUCACCAUGGAACUGCCCUGGAUCCACUGUAACAACAGUUGGAACAGCCCCAACUGCUCUGACUUCACCAACAUGACCAAGCAGAACUCACCCACAAAAUAUUACCAGUAUAAAAACAAUCCUGCAGCUGAAUACUAUGAGCGUGGGGUUCUUCACCUUCAUGAAAGCACGGGAAUCCAUGACAUCGGCCUGCCCAGAUGGCAGCUCACCUCCUGCUUAUUGGUUGUGAUCAUUAUCCUUUACUUCAGUUUGUGGAAAGGAGUCAGAACAUCUGGCAAGGUUGUCUGGAUUACUGCGACUAUGCCAUAUGUGGUUCUUACCAUUCUACUGCUUCGUGGAGUCACUCUGCCUGGGGCCAUAGAUGGAAUCAAAGCAUAUCUAAGUGUUGACUUCUUACAGCUUAGUAAACCCUCAGUCUGGAUAGAUGCAGCCACACAAAUAUGUUUCUCACUUGGAGUGGGUUUUGGUGUCCUAAUAGCCUUUGCAAGUUAUAACAAAUUUAAUAAUAAUUGCUACAGGGAUGCCAUCAUUACAAGUUCUGUCAACUCGGUGACCAGUUUUUUCUCUGGCUUUGUCGUCUUCUCUUUCUUGGGUUACAUGUCAAAUCGUCACGGCGUAGCAUUGGAGGAUGUAGCCACUGGAGAAGCAGGAUUGGUCUUCAUCAUUUACCCAGAAGCUAUUGCUACUCUUCCUGGAUCGUCGAUUUGGUCAGUCAUCUUCUUCAUCAUGCUCCUGACACUGGGGCUUGACAGUGCGAUGGGUGGCAUGGAAUCAGUUAUUACUGGACUCAUGGAUGAAUUCAAAUUCCUGCGAAAUCACAGAGAGAUCUUCACACUCUUCAUCAUUGUUACGACCUUUCUGGUAUCUCUCUUCUGCGUAACCAAUGGAGGUAUUUACGUAUUCACUUUACUGGACAAAUUUGCAGCUGAGACAUCCAUUUUGUUUGGAGUACUUAUAGAAACUAUUGGAGUCUCUUGGUUUUACGGAGUUGAUCGUUUCAGCAACGACAUUGAGAAAAUGAUAGGCAAACGGCCUGGUUUGUACUGGAGGCUCUGCUGGAAGUUUGUCAGCCCUUGUUUUCUUCUGUUUGUCGUCAUCGUCAGCAUUUCGACAUUUAAAGCCACAGAAUAUGACAAUUACAUCUUCCCAGACUGGGCUAACACCACUGGAUGGUGUAUUGCUAUAUCCUCAAUGGCAGCCGUACCCAUUUAUGCAGUGUACAAAUGUGCCAGCCUGCGAGGAUCCCUGCGUCAGAGGUUAGCUUAUGCAAUUACGCCAGAGAAAGAGCAUCAGCUCAUCGAACGUGGAGAAGUUCGCCAAUUUACCCUCCGACACUGGCUAAUGGUGUGA